ACGGAGCGGAGCCGCGCCGCGUUCGCCGGGCUUCCCCGCCGCCGCCGGUACCUCCCGGGCCUCUGGCUGCCACCGCCAGCCCGCCGGGCAGAGGAGGAGCCGAGGGCGCCUGGUGCGCUCGCUCAGUCCCGACAAACUCUCCCGCUGCCCGCGCCGGACUCCGGCACCCAGCACCCGGAUACCAUGAUCUGCAAGACUCUCCUCGCUCUCUGCAUCUUCACCGCAGGACUGAGAGUGCAGAGCAUGCCUACAUCAGCCCCCUUGCCUGUUUCUUUUCCGGAAAAGAUUAUCUCACCAACGCCAACGACCUUCUGGACAAGCUCUCCACAGAGCCCUCCUGCCUCCCCCACCAGCGGCACACCCAGCAACUCAGUGCUCCCCGUUACAGUGUCAUCCGUGCAGACAUCUCUAACCCCCAAAAAUGUUGUCACGGAGCCCACCGGACAGGAGACCACCUUGACCUGGGAAGACCCAAAUACAGACACCUUAUCAACAAGCAGUGAUGUCCCCUUAACACCCACGCCCACAGAGCACAGCUCGGGCACUCCAGAGGCAAGUGUGUCAGCUACAGGGUCGAGGUCCCUGGAUGAGUCUCCUUCACCUACCUCUGCUCAGACUCCAGCCUCAUCACCCCCAGUCCUAUCAACCUCACCACCGCCAAUUCUAUCAACUUCACCCCCAGAGGUUUCUUCUGUCUCUGACAACACCAACCACAGCUCCACUGAGUCCAGCACCAAGACCACAGGAGCCCCAACCACACGAGAGUCCCCAGCACAGGAGCACAGCUCUGGCCACACCCCCACUUCACAUGCCACGUCGGAGCUGAUGCCCACGGAGAAAACGCCCCAAACAACUGUGCCAGCCAAAGUGACCUGUAUUCUGGUAGAUAUUGAGACCACCACCGCCUCCCCCAGGGUGAUCAUGCAGGAAGUGGAACAUGCACUAAGUUCAGGCAGCAUUGCCGCCAUUACAGUGACCGUCAUUGCUGUGGUGUUGCUGGUGUUUGGAGUUGCAGCUUAUCUGAAGAUCAGGCAUUCCUCCUACGGAAGGCUUCUGGAUGACCAUGACUACGGGUCCUGGGGAAACUACAACAACCCUCUGUACGACGACUCCUAACAGAGGAACAUGGCCUGGGGAGAGGGAUAACUCUUUAUUUAUAAGUGAUUAUCCAGUAGAAUUGAUAACAAGUACCUGACGCGCAUUGAGCGACAAUCUUAAGCCCUGUUUUAUUGGUUUGGUUGUUUCAUUUUCCUCCCUCUCCUUUGGCUGCUACGACUCCCCCUUUUUGGUACAAAAAGAACCAUUAUUUAAAGGUGUGUGGAGGCUGAUUUGCAGCUGAAAUGGGCCAACCUUCAACGCCAGGCCAGACCACCACGAUGGAAGCUUCUGCACCCACCACCACAGGACCCACUGUGAGGACGGGACGAGGAAUCCAAGUGUUUUGUUGGGGGUUACUUUUAGGGGAACUUUUUGUUUGUGGUAUUUCUUAAACUUUUAUUUAGAAAUUGACAUUAAAUUUCCAUCAGUGGAAGAGAAAUGAGUAGUGGGAGGAUUUCACCCUGCAGGUGAGGAAGCAGGGAUUCCUCAGAUCCCUUCUUAAGCUCUGUUUAUCUGGCUGUAUCUGACAGGACCCCUGCUUGACUCUACUAGCUGCAUCCUACCCUCUUAGCUUCCUAAUUAAUGAAAGAGGAAACUAGAAAGUGCCCCCGAGGAGGCUGGCAGGCAGAGGGGCAGAGUUGCAGGUUGCUGUCAGAUCUCAGCGCACCUUCUACCUGUUCUCCCCUCCCGACCACCAUCAUCUCUGUUAAGGAUGCCUGUCCUAGGCAUCAGCAGCCGGGCUCCCAGCCCAGGAGCACUUAUGGAGUUGUGUUUCCCCAGGAGCUGAGCUUAGAGAAGAGAAAGGGAGAGGCGUGUGGAGGGAGUGUCCAGUGGGGGCAGUGGUGGAGGGAGAGAGCUGACAAGCACUGAGUGCCUCAUUAGGUAAAGUGGGAAUCAGCUCUCAGUAACGGUCAGAGGCACCCACUGCUUGGAGGAGCCCAGAGAUUCCUUGCUUUAUGCCCACAAAGCAACUGGUUCACUGCUAACUGUCUGUUGGAUAAUGACUAUAAACUGUUUAAGAAAAAAAAAUUUUAAGACACUAUCUGCAAUUGCUCCGUGAGGCGUUUCCAUAGGAAACAGAUGCGGCGAUUAAUCCAUUUAUUAUUCCCAUACACUUACCUCGCUAAUUCUGCCCUCUAAUAAGUCAAGACCCUGGGUAGAUAGUCUUAAAAUCCUGCAUAAUAAAUUUUGAGAAAGAAUGGAUCAUUUUUGCAGGUAUCCAUUUAUUGCAUUGGUUCCCAACCAGCAAGACAGUUUUGCACCACCAUGCCCCAGGAGAUUGGUGGGGGGAACAUAUGAAGAUGUCUGGUGACAGUUUUGAUUAUCGCAAUUUAGGGGUGCUAAUUAGUCAGUAGAGCCAUGGAUGCGCUGAACAUCCUAAGAUGCACAGAAGAGCCCACCACGAUAAAGAAUUAUUUGGCCCAAAGUGUCAAUAGUGCUGAAUUCGAGAAUUCCUAAUUUAUUGCCGUGCCCAACAUAACAGAACAGGGCACUGGCAGAUUUUUAAUUAAAUAAAAUGAUUUGUUAAAUUUUUAUCUCAAAAGUGUUUCAUUUGCUAGCUGAUGGGUUGUUUUGAGCAUGCCAGUUGCCUCUUUAUUUGUUUGUGUGUUCUUGAUAGCUUUGUUUCAUGGCUAUUACUGCCCUCCUACAACACAUGAUAUUAGCAACUGGCAUCUGAUGUCCUGAUUUCAUGGAGGAGAAAAUACCCAUUGGGUCCCAUUUCAAAAUGUGCUUUAUUGUCUAGCGAUGUCAUAAAGAGCUUGACACUGGUUGAUUUUUAUUUCUAAACUUGGACCUGCUGCCAUGACUCUGUUCGUUUCCAGAAACUUGACCCUCAGCUCAUCCUGUCACUUGUUGUGACCAGUAAAGUACUGGCCUAAACCACCAUUGCCAGUCUGUCUGCCCUAAACCCCUCUGGUGUCACAGACACCCGGAGCCGGGCCAUGUCCACAAACCUGCCAUCCCACACUCUGAAAAGAAUUUAUUCCUAAACUCCUUAGGCAUCAAAGGAGAAUGAGCAGCCUCCAGGGGAAUUUUUAAAAAGGAGUGGGUAAUGAGGAGUGGAAUUCUGAUAUCUCAGAUUAUUUAAAGCAAAAAAAAAAAAAUGUUUAAAGUGGACAUUCUCAGAAAAAUGGGCAGGAAUGGCCAACCAUGAUCCCUCCAGCAACACUCGGCCUGAAUAACUGUCCUUCUUCCCCACCCUCAUUCCUUGCCUAGGCUUUCAUUUUGGCAAAGGAUGAUUCAAUGAAAUCAGAACAUUCCAUAUUUUUUUUCUCCCUUGGUCAAAAGCAUUCUGACAAAGUGUCCAGGAAACACCUUGUAGAGGUGCAGUUCGGACACUGCUUUCGUCAUAGACACUGGAUCAGAGGAGCCGGCCUCUUGCCAAGGAAUUCUGACCGAUACAAGCCAUGGACUCAGCCAGCAUCUUUCCUUACGAAGGCUGUGAUUGUGCAAGAGCAGUUGAUGCGUUUCGUGUUCUUAUUAACUUCCAAAUCCUUACAGAAGAGACAGGGCCAUGGACUUAAAGCAGAUCUCAACCAGCAGGCAGUUUUACACCUCCCCCAAGGUGACGGCUUCCCUUAAAAACUCUCACUCCUUGUGAUGUUAGUUUAAAAUACCAAUGAGACGAACCUUAUUUUGCCAAAUGCAUUUUUUUUUCUAUUUUUGAGGUGGCCAAAGGAUUUUAGCAACUGAAUUCAACAAACUGGCAACACACACACACACACACACACACACACACACACACACACACACACACACACAAUAUGUGGAUAAUUGACGACCUUUACCUCAGGGAGAGUCUGUCCAGCUCUACCCAGGGAAAUGGCUCCAUCGGAUCUAAACAACCACAUACCAUCCAGGGACAGGAAUAGUCAAAGCAUUAGAGGAAUGUCAGAGCAGGAGGGAGGCAAGCAGCCUCUUCUAGACUGUAGCUUGUAAAUGAUGAAAUAAUGAGAUCCAACUUUGUUUUCUUUACUCGUGGCCCCAGUGAAGGCUCCUGCUCUCUUUGGAUGUCUGUGUCGUCAUUUCUUAAAUGGGGGUGAUGCUUUCAUAUUGACCUCACCCCAUGCUACCUCACAAAUGUGUUGUGAGGACUAAGGAAAUCAUGUCUACAGUGUUUUCAGUUUCUACAGAGGAAUAUUUAUAGACAUUUUCAGUAUUUUAAGUAUUAUAUAGACAUAUAAGUGAUCUCAAUUUCUUGUUUGUUGUUAUACUGGUGUGUUGUUUUUACUUAAAUCUAUAGCAUGACAGCUGUAUUAUAGCCACAUCAGACAGCUCUUACAGCUUCAGGCUACGCCCCAGUGCAGCUGACUGACUGAGGGUUAACCACACCUGGAACCACAAAGGUUAGCUUCCAUCUGCAAAUGAAGAAUGGUUGAGUCAUAUUCUCACAGACUGUUGAGUUAGAAUCCAGGAGGUUAGGGUAGCACAAUACGGAUACCUGAGCACUAACAGCAAUAGGCCUCUAGCCUUUGCCAUCUUGGGGUCUUCUGGGUUCUUUGUGGAGUUGAUUUUGGUUUGAUAUCAUCUGUUUUCCCUUCAUCUUGCUUGCAAGGGUGCAUGGUUCAACCCCUUGCAUUUGAGAAAUGAAUUUUGCAACUGGGCUAGAUGCUAAUUUGCACGUUGAUUCACCUUCUUUGCCUUUAACCUUUUUUUGGCAAAUGAAUGUACCAUUUCAACUUUGAUUUAAAAGUUCUAGUUGAUAUUGGUAAUAAGUGCUAACCAAGAGACAAAUGCCAGAUUGCUUUCUUAGGGUGAGUUAGCCAACAUCAUUUAAAGAUGGAAAGAUCUGCAACUUCUUUGAUAUUGGAUGUAAUUGUAUCUACAUUUGUUGUAAGACUUAUUGUAUACCAAUUAUAUAAAUUAAAGGUGUUAAAAGCUUG